AAAAAAAAAAAAAGUAUAAAUACCCCAAUGAUGAAUGAUCCACUUAUCACAAAAAAAAAACAACCAAAAAUUAUGGAUCUCUAUCAAAACCUGUUUCCUUUGGAUACCUAUGCCACGCUGGAUACUGAGAUCUAUGAUCUAUAUAAAAAGAUUGGAGAAGAAUUAGUCAAUGAACAAUCCUUGGUCGAUAAUGAAGUAUCACCUGAAUCUUCUGAUGAUAAUACAAACAAAUCAUCUUCAAGUACCAUUGUUGCCAAUCCUAAAGUGGUGUCAGAAUCAUUGGAUGCCGUAACUAAUCCCAAUAUCUAUGAUAACAAGUUUUUUCAACCCACCGUACCAUUCCAAGUGUCAGUUGAAGAUGCCGAACAGCUCCUAAACCUGGUUAUACCCCCAUAUCUGCAAAAGCUGAAACAAAUAAAAGACCUACAAGAAGAAGUUCAACGAGAGGAGGUUAGAGAUAUUAUACCUUUGGUCAUACAGGUUUUACAUGCAUAUCAUUCAAAGCCUAAUGGAAGAAUGGCGAAAGAAACCUAUAUAGAAAGUCGCUCUGGUUUAAUGAGGCGUUUGUUUCGUAACAAUAUGACAAGAUAUACCUUCCGUACCUUUGCAAAGAAAGUCUGUAGAUUGGAUGACUGGUAAAGACGGGGACCAUCUUUUCUUAGGGCGUGGGAUGUUGAGAAAAAAAAAAAAAAAAGGAGAAAAAAGAAAAAAAAAAA